CAAAGAGAGAUGGGUAGGUGAUUGGAGUGAACACACGUUCUGGUGGUUAUUUUAAAUGCCAGAAUAUUUUGUCAUUUGGCAAUUUUACUUCGUUUCAUAUCACUGUAACUUUUAAACUGGAAUAUUACAUUCUAAUUGAUUUACAAAAUGCCGGAGUUUAUUUCGGUCGACGAGUUCAUCGCCGAAACCUUGGAGGAUUACAGCUCUCCAACAACCUCUUCUUUCACAACGAAAAUGUCAAGUUGCAGAAAUGCCGUGAAUAACAUCGAAGAGGCCUUGGACUACGACAGGAUGGUGUUGCAGAAAAUGAAGAAAGCUGCUAAAGCCAAGCACGCCUCAGGCCAAGACCACAUCUCCCAUCUGGAGCAGUACAUCACCUCCAUGGAGAAGCUGGCCCUCAACUUCCGCAGCAGCGGCGAGCAGGAAGUGGCCUCUGCCUUUAAUAAGUUUGCGGAAUUCUCCAAAGAGCUGCUGACGCCCAUGAAGAACCUGUUGAAGAGCAUGCUGCACAACAUCAACUUCUUCCUGGAUUCACUGGUGAAAGGGGACCUGAAGGAAGUAAAGGGGGACCUGAAAAAGCCAUUUGACAGAGCUUGGAGGGACUAUGAAAAUAAGUUCACUAAAAUAGAGAAGGAGAAGCGGGAGCUGGCUCGGCAGUAUGGCAUGGUGAGGACUGAGGUGAGUGGCGGGGAGAUUGCUGAAGAUCUGGAGAAGGAGCGCAGGAUGUUUCAGCUGCAGAUGUGUGAGUACCUCAUCAAAGUGAACGAGAUCAAGACCAAGAAAGGAGUGGACCUCCUGCAGAACCUCAUUAAGCACUAUUACUCUCAGUGCAAUUUCUUUCAGGAGUGUCUGGCCACCACUGAGAAGCUGAAGCAGUACAUCGAUGCGCUCACAGGAGAGCUGAGCAACAUCAAACACCGGCAGGACGAGGAGAAGAGGCAGCUCUGCGCCCUGAGGGACCAGCUCAAGCCAUCACUGCAGCCCGAGCUCAAAGAGGACUCCCUGAGCAGACAGACGGUCUACAGCAUGCACCAGCUUCAAGGAAACAAACAGUACGGCACAGAGAAAUCCGGCCUGCUCUACAAGAGGAGUGAUGGGCUGAGGAAGAUGUGGCAGAAGAGGAAGUGUGCCGUGCAGAACUGCUACUUAACUAUUGCACAUGGAACUCCCAACAAACCCCCGGCCAAACUCAACCUCCUCACGUGCCAAGUGAAGCCCAGCUUGGAAGACAAGAAGUGCUUCGACCUCAUCUCCCAUAAUCGCACUUACCAUUUUCUUGCUGACGACGAGCCUGAAUGUGUCGCGUGGAUCUCAGUGCUGACUAACAGUAAGCAGGAGGCUCUGAACGUGGCCCUGGAUGAGCGCCAGCCCAGUGGGGAGAGCAGUGUGGAGGACCUGACCAAGGCCAUCACCGACGACAUCCGCCGCAUGCCCGGCAACCAGGUCUGCUGUGACUGCGGGGCGCCAGACCCCACCUGGAUCUCCACUAACCUGGGCAUCCUGACGUGCAUCGAGUGCUCAGGGAUCCACCGGGAGAUGGGGGUGCACCACUCCCGCAUCCAGUCCCUGUCCCUGGACAAGCUGGGCACCUCCGAACUGCUGCUGGCUAAGAAUGUGGGGAACUCAGGCUUCAAUGAAAUAAUGGAAGCAAACCUCCUCAGCCCCUCCUUGAAGCCCUCGGCAGAGAGCGACAUGUCGGAGCGGAAGGACUUCAUCCUGUGUAAGUACGUGGAGUACCAGUUUGCGCAGCGCAGUGGCGGUUCCGCGGGCAGUCUGCGGCGCAGUCUGCAGCAGGCGGUGCGCAGCCGGGACAUCUUCUCCCUGCUGCAGCUCUACGCCGAGAGGAUGGACCUGGGCCAGCCGCUGCCCAGCCCUGUGCAGGAGAAAGGCGAGACUGCCCUCCACCUGGCCGUCCUAUUGGCCGAUCGGACCUCGCUGCACAUGGUAGACUUCCUGGUUCACAACUGUAACCACCUGGAUGCGCAGACUGUCCGAGGGAACACGCCUCUGCACUACUGCUGCCUCCACAACAGAACAGAGUGCCUUAAACUUCUGCUGCGGGCCAAGGCCAACACGCACAUGAAGAACGAGGUGGGGGAGGCCGGCUUGGAUAUUGCUCGGAGAUUGAAGCACACACACUGUGAAGAGCUGAUAAACCAGGCCCAGAGUAACCAGUUCAACAUGCACGUGCACGUGGAGUACGAGUGGCGUCUCCGACAGGACGACCUGUACGAGAGCGACGAUGACCUGGAUGACAAGAUGGGUCCGGUAAAGAAGGAGCGCUCCUCACGGCCGUUCAGUCUGUACCAGGGCCCGACUGGCACCGCAGGGCCUGAUCGAGGAGGAGGAGGAGGAGGAGGAGGAGGAGCUCUUUUUAGCGUGGGCCGUCGGUUGGCUCUGGCUCGGGACCACCGGCGCGAGACGUACGCCGUCCCCAACACCCAGACGCGCAGCCUGGACAGUCCCCCACCGCCGCCCCCCUCCUCCCCCGCCCCCCCUCUCCCUCCCAGGGUCAGAGUGCCGAAUGUCCCCCCGCCUCCCCCCCCGGUCAGCCCUCCUGAGGGGUGGGGGGACUGUGUGAGCAGUAAGAAACGCACCCCGCCCCCGCCCCUCGCCAUCCGUCACAAGCGCACCUACUCUGAGCCCACGCCCCACCUGCCCCAGAGCCCCCACGCACCGCGCCACACGGGCAUGGAUUACGGGGCCCCUGCCAGUGCGAGGCCAUACGGCGGUCCAGAAUCAUCCUUUCAGAAGCCUGUCUCAGGGUCACCGAAAUACACUGUGACUGCUCUCAACUCCCUGUCUGAGCUGCCAGAACGAGGCUUCAGAGUGGAUGGAGAGGGCAACUCCUCGCAGUUCCUGUACCAGGUCCCCCAGCCCGGAGGGCGACACCCGUCCCUCAGCUCCCCCACCUGCACCCGCUCCCUCAGCCUGGAGUCCAACGGCAGCUCCAGCUGCUACCAGGGAGGAACCCCGCACCCCCUGCCCAGGAAAGGAGCGUCGAGACCAAAGGUACGUCGUGUCAGAGCGGUUUACGACUGCGUGGCAGAUCACCAUGACGAGCUGACUUUUAACGAAGGGGAGGUGCUCGUGGUCCUGGGAGAGGACGAUGCGGAUUGGUGGCACGGGUACGUGGAGGGCCAGCCGCACAAGAAGGGCCUCUUCCCCUCCUCGUUCGUCUACAUCCUGUCUGACUGAAGCACAGCGCAGUGUCAGGUGUGGAAGCCCAUUCCCCUCCCGCGCCAAUAAGUUAGCGUUUAACUUUGCCUGUGAGAGAGAGGGAGAGACAGAGAGAGAGAGACGGACGGAGAGGGGGAGAGACAGAGACAGAGGGAGAGAGAGGGGUUACAUAACCUUGCUCGUUCCAUUUGUGCUCUGUGAAUAAUUCAUGAUAUCCUGACAAUAGAGUUCAGAAGGCGUGCGGUGCCUUGUAUACUAGCCACUGUACUGGGGCUCUCUCCUCCUCAGGUCCCGCGUCUGUGCUGCCAGGUCAGACGGCGUCUCAAAUGUGUGGGUUUUUGUAGAGUUUCUCCUUUGAAAUCUGGUUUCAGAUGACUGAAAUCAGCCCAACUCCAAGGAUUUGGGCAUUUCUGCAUUGCUUACCUUCUCCAGUCAAACAGAGGCAUUUAAAGAAAAACUUUUUAAUCUAGCGGAAACCAACUGUGCUAUUCCGCAUCACGUUCCUUGACACACGGUGAAUGGGAGUUGUUUCCUGGAAAGAUAAUUUAUUGUAUUUGUCUUAUGGUGGGAUGGAUUUUCAGAAGUGAGGUAAUAUAACAUCUUUAUGAAAAAAAAUAAAAAUAAAUAAUGUAUUGUAUGUUAUGGUCCUGUAUAAAAAAGUAUGUUUUGGUACUCUCGGUGGACUGAAAGAGCAAUGUUAUUUGGGUGUAGGAAGCGCAAUGUGGCACAGCCUUCUGAAAACAGGAUGUGGAACACCCCGCCCUCUAAGAGGGUCAGGUUGGUAAAGUAACCAAUGAUCUAAAAGACAGGGUACAGUGUGUGCUUGCGUGCGUGCGUACGUGUGUGUGUGUACCUGUGUGUUGCAAAGAAUGUUUUUGCCUCACACAAACAAUAUUUGUUUUGGUUGGCAGUUGGUGCUUCUAGUGAAAGCAGGAUGUGCACGAUGUCACGCUUACAACAGCUGUCACUCUCACAUUCGAGGAAAGCAAAACCAUUAGGUGGACUGUGCCAGCUUCAUUUAGGAACACAAGGUCAAAUACCCUCAGGCCUUUUAUCAUGGGAAGGUUGUUUCACAACAGGCCUUUUUACAGGCAUUUACUCAGAGCAGCGUGACUGUUUCGCACACACACACACACACACACACACACACACACAUACUCACACACACAUACACAUACUCACACACACACACACACACACAUACACACACACAUACACAUACUCACACACACACACACACACACAUACACACACACACACACACACACACACAUACACACACACACACACACACACACACACACACAUACACAUACUCUCACACACACACACACACACAUACUCACACACACAUACACAUACUCACACACACACACACACACACACACACACACACACACACACACAUACAUACACAUACACACACACACACACUCACUCACUCACUCACACGAGAGGGCGGGUUCUGUGUGCUUCCUGCACACCCCUGCUCACAGAAUGUUCUGAGAAUGUCAGGGUAGGUUUUUUGAAUAAGCGUUCAUAAGGACAUUUCAGACGCAUGACUUCAUACAUGGAAACUGUGUCAGAACUAUGUUCAAUGUGCUUUGUACCUGUUUUAGUGUUAUUAGUGUGAACCCCUGGGCUCUGGGAUUUGACACACGCUGGUCAAGGGUGAAUACUUGAAAACUAUAACUAUAAUUUUUAAUUUAGCUUGUUUAAAACACGCUGUCCUGUAUUUAACUCAGGGGUGUCCAAUUAUGUGCCAUGGUACGCAGGCUUUAAUUCCAACCAAUCACUACACCCAAUGAUUUCACUCGUUAACACACCUUCAACCAGAGAGGAGGGAACUAAUUGGUCAAAUCAUCCGCUGUUUUGAUUGGUUGGAAUGACAACCUGCAUGCUCUCGGCCCUCCCUGGCACAUGAUUGGGCAGCCCUGAUUUAACUGGUGAUUCACACAAGGAUAAUUUCCCACUAUCCGUAAGCCACAAUUACAGGCAAUUAUUUUAUUUUUCUACAGAAUUGCACAAAAACGGUUUAGUUCUGGCCCGUUUCCUGUCCGUGAUCCACAGCUGUAAUAACUAAAGAGUAGGCCUAUAUAAAAAUGUCAUAAUUGUUAUAUCAUUGGUAUUUUUUUAAAUUGAUGGAUGGGGAGAGUGAAAUCUUUUUAUUUCAAUAUUUAAUGUAUGAUGCAUUUCAGUAAAGCUUUUCAAUAGCCUCCAGUAUUUUUUUUUGUUUUUACUUUUAUUUAUGGUAUCUCGUAUUUGAUUAAAAGUACUGUAUUUUGUCUGUCAUGCAAUUUUCAUUUUUCAAUUUCAUUUUUUUAUUUUCUUAAAUGAUUUAUAUUUUAAUUUGUUUUAUAUGGGUUUGGCGGUAAAACAUGGAACUUCCCAGUGUAUGUUUGUUUAUAUUAUUAUGAAUGUUACAUAUUAAAGUGAUAAGAACGCAA